ACCUCUCAUUCUCUCAUUUUUUUUUUUUUUUUUCAUCUCUUCCUCUUACGUGAAAACCCUAACGAAGUCGAAGAUUCUCUGGUAGAUCUAUCUUGAUUCGAUUCGAUUCGAUUCGAUUCUUCCUUUUUCCCGUCGCUAUUGAAAUCGAAAGAAAGAGGUGAAGUUCUUACUAAGUCAAGAGGUAUAUAAUAGAGAGAGGGAGCUAUGGAUUUGGAUCAAUGGAUUUCCAAAGUUAAAGAUGGUCAGCAUCUUUCCGAGGACGAGCUUCAGCUUCUUUGCGAAUACGUGAAAGAAAUACUCAUUGAGGAGUCAAACGUACAGCCUGUAAACAGUCCUGUCACCGUCUGUGGUGAUAUCCAUGGUCAGUUUCAUGAUCUCAUGAAGCUUUUUCAGACUGGAGGUCAUGUUCCAGAGACAAAUUACAUAUUUAUGGGGGACUUUGUGGAUAGAGGUUACAACAGCCUUGAAGUCUUCACUAUUCUUUUACUUCUUAAAGCUAGACAUCCAGCCAAUAUUACACUUUUGCGUGGAAAUCAUGAAAGUAGACAGCUAACGCAGGUGUAUGGAUUCUAUGAUGAAUGCCAAAGGAAGUAUGGUAACGCUAACGCGUGGCGGUAUUGCACAGAUGUUUUUGACUAUCUUACCCUGUCAGCUAUUAUAGAUGGCACAGUUCUAUGUGUUCAUGGUGGCCUUUCCCCGGAUGUUCGGACAAUUGAUCAGAUAAGACUGAUCGAGCGAAAUUGCGAAAUUCCUCAUGAAGGGCCCUUUUGCGAUCUUAUGUGGAGCGAUCCUGAAGAUAUUGAAACAUGGGCGGUUAGUCCACGUGGAGCUGGUUGGCUUUUUGGAUCCAGGGUUACCACUGAGUUUAACCAUAUCAACAAGCUUGAUCUAGUAUGCCGCGCCCACCAGCUUGUACAAGAAGGUCUCAAGUACAUGUUCCAAGAUAAAGGCCUUGUAACUGUGUGGUCUGCACCUAAUUACUGUUACCGCUGUGGCAAUGUCGCGUCUAUAUUGAGUUUCAAUGACAACAUGGUGAGACAUCUCUUUAAUCUUAUCUGAUUGAAUACUCUUAUC